CGGCUCUUUGCUUGCGACCACACUAUUCCCUCCUCGGUUGGAGAUUAAGCGUUCUUGUAGCGGGUAUUUUCAGUGUAUAGAUCGGAUAUUCCUGACCGAACGUUGAAACAAAUAGAGUUACCGCAACUGGGUCACAUCCCCUUUUAUUUCUCUUUCUAUAGCUAAUAGCUUGACUACCAUAGACUAUGGUAGAUUAUCACGCUUCUAAUAGUCAAGCAUCGUCUGGAGGUCCAGCCAUUUACAUGGACCCAAGAGAACAAGAAAAUGACUGGGACCGGGACCUGCUGCUGGACCCGGCCUGGGAGAAACAGCAGAGAAAGACGUUCACGGCCUGGUGCAACUCCCACCUGAGGAAAGCAGGCACGCAGAUCGAGAACAUCGAGGAGGACUUCAGGGAUGGCCUCAAACUCAUGCUCCUGCUGGAGGUCAUCUCAGGGGAACGGUUACCUAAGCCCGAGAGAGGCAAGAUGAGGGUCCACAAGAUCAACAACGUUAACAAAGCGCUGGACUACAUCGCCGGCAAAGGAGUUAAGCUGGUGUCCAUUGGCGCGGAGGAAAUUGUGGAUGGCAACGCCAAGAUGACCCUGGGCAUGAUCUGGACAAUCAUCCUCCGUUUCGCCAUCCAGGACAUCUCUGUGGAAGAGACCUCUGCCAAGGAGGGCCUGCUCUUGUGGUGCCAGAGGAAGACCGCGCCCUACAAAAACGUCAACGUGCAGAACUUCCACAUCAGCUGGAAGGAUGGCCUUGCCUUCAACGCUCUGAUCCACAGACACAGGCCAGAGCUCAUUGACUACGACAAGCUAAGGAAGGAUGACCCCUUGACCAACCUGAACAAUGCCUUUGAGGUGGCUGAGAAGUACCUGGACAUCCCCAAGAUGAUGGACGCUGAAGACAUCGUGGGCACGCUGAGGCCCGACGAGAAGGCCAUCAUGACCUAUGUCUCCUGCUUCUAUCACGCCUUCUCUGGCGCCCAGAAGGCUGAGACUGCAGCCAAUAGGAUCUGCAAGGUGCUGGCUGUCAACCAGGAGAAUGAGCACCUGAUGGAGGACUACGAGAAGCUGGCCAGUGACCUGUUGGACUGGAUCCGCCGGACCAUCCCGUGGCUGGAGAACCGGGCUCCAGAGAAGACCAUGGCCGAGAUGCAGCAGAAGCUGGAGGACUUCCGGGGCUACCGCCGCGUCCACAAGCCCCCCAAGGUGCAGGAGAAGUGUCAGCUGGAGAUCAACUUCAACACCCUGCAGACCAAGCUGAGGCUGAGCAACAGGCCCGCCUUCAUGCCCUCUGAAGGGCGUAUGGUGUCGGACAUCAACGGGUCCUGGCACAACCUGGAGGGGGCGGAGAAGGGCUACGAGGAGUGGAUGCUCAACGAGAUCCGUCGCCUGGAGAGGCUGGACCACCUGGCCGAGAAGUUCCGUCAGAAAGCCACCAUCCACGAGUCCUGGACCGAUGGUAAGGAGGCCAUGCUGACCCAGAAGGACUAUGAGACAGCCAGCCUGUCGGAGGUCAAGGCUCUGCUGAGGAAACACGAGGCGUUUGAGUCUGACCUGGCCGCCCACCAGGACCGCGUGGAGCAGAUCGCCGCCAUCGCACAGGAACUCAAUGAGCUGGACUACUACGACUCCCCCAGUGUGAACGCCCGCUGUCAGAAGAUCUGUGAGCAGUGGGAUGCCCUGGGGUCUCUCACCCAGAGCCGCAGGGAGUCUCUGGAGAGGACAGAAAAGCAGCUGGAGUCCAUUGACGAGCUGUACCUGGAGUACGCCAAGAGGGCGGCACCCUUCAACAACUGGAUGGAGGGGGCCAUGGAGGACCUGCAGGACAUGUUCAUCGUUCACAACAUCGAAGAGAUCCAGGGCCUAAUCACAGCCCAUGAGCAGUUCAAGUCCACCCUCCCAGAGGCCAACAAGGAGCGGGAGGCCAUCCAGGCCAUUCAGGCGGAGGUGCAGAAGAUUGCCCAGUACAACGGCAUCAAGCUGAGCGGGGGCAACCCCUACACCACCAUCACACCCAAGACUAUCGACAACAAGUGGGACAAGGUGGAACAGCUGGUUCCCCAGCGUGACCAGGCCCUGCAGGAGGAGCUGGCCAAGCAGCAGUCCAAUGACCACCUGCGCCGCAAGUUUGCCACCCAGGCCAACAUCGUCGGGCCCUGGAUACAGACCAAAAUGGAGGAGAUUGGGCGGAUAUCCAUUGAGAUGAAUGGAACUCUGGAGGACCAGCUGGUGAACCUGAGAGAGUAUGAGCAGAGCAUCAUAGAGUACAAGCCCAACAUCGACCAGCUGGAGGGAGACCAUCAGCUCAUCCAGGAGGCUCUCAUCUUCGACAACAAAUACACUGCCUACACCAUGGAGCACCUGCGGGUGGGCUGGGAGCAGCUCCUCACCACCAUCGCCCGCACCAUCAACGAGAUCGAGAACCAGAUCCUGACCCGUGACGCCAAGGGCAUCAGCCAGGAGCAGCUGCAUGAGUACCGCACUUCCUUCAACCACUUUGACAAGGACCACAGCGGGGGCCUGAUGGCUGAGGAGUUCAAGGCGUGUCUGAUCAGCCUGGGCUACGAUGUGGAGAAUAACAAAACGGGCGAUGCGGAGUUUGCCCGCAUCAUGGGCAUAGUGGACCCCAACAACAGCGGCGUGGUCACCUUCCAGGCCUUCAUAGACUUCAUGUCCCGGGAGACCACGGACACCGACACAGCCGACCAGGUCAUCGCCUCCUUCAAGAUCCUGGCUGCAGACAAGAACUUCAUUAUGGCUGAGGAGCUGAGACGUGAGCUGCCUCCAGACCAGGCGGAGUACUGCAUCGCCCGCAUGGCGCCCUACUCUGGCCCCGACGCGAAGCCCGGAGCCCUCGACUACAUGUCCUUCUCCACCGCCCUCUACGGGGAGAGUGACCUCUAAGAGCACACCACAGGAGGGGGAGGGGGACGGGAUGAGGUUUGGGGUGGGGGGGGGGGGGGGGGGGGGGGGUACGUAGAGGCUUGCCAGGCCCAAUGCAGAGCAGACACUCUCCACCCCUCUAGGUCUAGCCUGCAGUCACUGGGAGAAGAGGGGAGUGAUUCUGAAGCCAGUGGUUUGAUUGGCUCUGUAGAAGAGGGAGGGGCUGCAGGUGGAGGGUCCUGGGAAGUGAUUAGUGGACAGCGCUACUGCUCCCUCUAGAUUCUGGUCCCGCAGUGCCCCUGAGUGUGCAGGUUUUCAUCUGGUUGGCUGUCGCAAGCUGUUAUCCUCAACUUAGUUCACAGAUCAACUACAAUCAAAUGCACAUCAUGUUAUGGGGUGAAAACUAGCAACCACAGGUGCACCUCUGGGUCAGGACAGGAUGGGAACCCAAGUCCCACCUUCACCCUCUGCCUUGGAGAUGGGGGGGAGGGGCACGUGCUAUUCUGAUUCUUAUACUACUUUUUUUGUUUAUUUUAUUUUAUCUUGCUGGGGGGUGGGGUGGGUGGAGAGUUUGCGUAUUAGAACACAGAGAUAUAUGAAGGGGAGCGGGGCAGGGGGUUGAACAGAAAAUAAUGACGUACCCGUACCACAUUUUGCUGGAUAAGUGGAACUCGGAUAUCUAACCUCAACGCUUUCCUUUUCCUGUUUGUUUCUUUCUUUCUUUUCUCCAGCAAAUGUGAGUAAGUGGUUUCAGUGCUGUACAUACUUAUUUUUCCAGUACGCAACAGUCAGAAUAUUCUUCGCAGGCUUGUAGGGCAACAAAAAAAAAAGUGGCAUUUUUUUUAAAGCAAAACAACAAAUAGAGAAAAAAAAAUAGCAGUUUGACACAUUGAGUACCGUAGAUAGGUUUGAAUUACUGAGAGUCUUCAUUUGGAUUAAGUGAUUUUUCAACGGUCAAAUAUGGAAUCCUGUCCUAUUAAAGAUAUGGUGACAAUUUAGUUGAAGGAAGUAUAUGUGUGGCCUUCAUAGCUAUGUAACCAUCACAUGACAUAAACAUGUUGGCAUUUAUGAAACUUUGCUUAUGUGAUAUAUCACUUUCACACGGAGGUGUAUAAAGGUGCUCAUGUUCACACAAUCUACUCAUUUAUUAUAGUUUCAACUGAAGAACAUAUUAAGAAAUAUCCCCUAGAAGCACAGCAUGUCAGGUCAUGUAAAGCUUACAUGGACAAAGUGAAGGCCCACCGCUACCAUUGGCUGAAUUGUUUCUAUAGGAACACCGCUUUAGAGAGUUCCCCCGAGGAAGUUGGAAACGAUGGGAGAACAAAAAAAAUGUGCCUGUUAGUGGCUACAGCCCUGUCUCUCUGUCUCUCGCUCCCUCGCAACCCUCCAGCUCCUUGUCUGUCUUCUCUACACAGCAGGGUGGGGAGGGACCCAGCAUAAAGAAGGGCGAAGGGAGGGGGCCAGAGUCUUAAUAAACAUUCCAUUAUGUCUUAAAUAAAAAGGAAAUUACUGUCUACCAAUCUAUGCAAUCAUCUAUAUCCAAUAUCACAGAGUUCAGAGAGAAAUGGUGGGAAUUGAUUUGAAGAAAUUAAUUGACUAAAUUAAGUGCAUGACAUUUUGUUUUAUUUCUUUAAUAUUUGUAAAGGGGGGGGGGGGGGUCAAGGAGCUUAAGGAGCUUAGGGGGAGAGGGAUGUGAGCCAGAGUGAAGGAGGACAAAAUAAGACUUGGGCCAAAAGCUUGUACUUUUACCUGCAAGGUUGGAAAGCAUUGAGCUUUGGAUUUGUGAUUUCUUCUUUUUUUUGUACUCUUUAAUAUCAAACCUUAUCUGCUGUACUGGAAACUGCAAAACAGCCUUCUGUCUAAAAGUGCAUUUCACAAGCACACAUAAAGUUUCCUUAUAAAAUACUA